AAGAUUGAUUUAUUUGGUUAAGAAAGACUUUCCUUGAACUUAUUUUAAAAAAAAAUAACAGUCUUACCAUAACAUGCACAUUUAAAAUGUGAGAACUAUAAAGAGAUGAAAAUCUGACAGGUGCAAUUAGAUACAAAGCAGGAGGAGCUGAAGCAAAACCAUCAGUUAAACAUUUCGUAUUUAGACUUCUUCAUUCUUUGACCCUUAGAAAGGUUGGGAAUAACACGAAAGCCACUUUUACCUUAACCGUGAAAGGAUUAUUAUCACCUAAUUACAUUUCAGUGACAAACUGCUUUCUGAAAAAUCCAGCCCACGGGACACAAACAUGAUCUCGGCCACACCUUGGCAUUACUGGUUUGCAACAUUAUUUCCCUAUCCUUUUCUAAACCCAUUCAACAUGGAAUCAAACAAUAGCAACUCUGGCAAGAAUCCUCCUAUAUACACAAUGAAGAAAUAUUUCUGAGUUUCAUAAGUUAUAACGCGAGUGUCACACUUCUUUUCACAGCAACCGAAGGGCAGGUGUUAGUUUGGCCAAAGCUCUCGGGAUAUUAUAAUGGCUUUAGUAUUUAGAACUGCGGCUCAACUAGCUGGAGUUUCAUUAUCUUUGCUGGGAUGGGUUUUAUCCUGUCUCACAAACUACCUGCCACACUGGAAGAACCUCAACCUGGACUUAAAUGAAAUGGAAAACUGGACCAUGGGACUCUGGCAAACCUGUGUCAUCCAAGAGGAAGCGGGGAUGCAGUGCAAGGCCUUUGACUCCUUCCUGGCUUUGCCUGCUGAACUCAGGAUCUCCAGGAUCUUAAUGUUUCUGUCAAAUGGGCUGGGAUUUCUGGGCCUGCUGGUGUCCGGGUUUGGCCUGGACUGUUUGAGAAUUGGAGAGAGUCAGAGAGAUCUCAAGAGGCGACUGCUAAUCCUGGGAGGAAUUCUGUCCUGGAGCUCGGGAAUCUCAGCCCUGGUUCCUGUCUCUUGGGUUGCCCACACGACGGUACAGGAGUUCUGGGAUGAGACCAUCCCAGACAUCGUCCCCAGGUGGGAGUUUGGGGAGGCCCUCUUUCUGGGCUGGUUUGCUGGACUUUCUCUUGUACUAGGAGGGUGUCUGCUCAACUGUGCAGCCUGCUCCAGCCACGCUCCCCUAGCUUCGGGCCACUAUGCAGUGGCGCAAAUGCAAGAUGAUCAUCAGCAACUGGAGACGAGAAACACCAACCUGAAAAACUAAGCCAGAAACGACCAGCGUCUGCUGUGCAGGAGGAGCCAGCUCAACACUGGAUUUGGACUGGUGAACCCCUUUUAUCUUCUAUUCUGAGACCAAAACCAAUCAAGGCUUAAUAGUAAUGACACGCGUUACCGUGGAUAAGUUUUCUCGGUUGUAAAAUAGUGACUGCAUAGAAGUGGUAAAUAAAGCGUUAAAUCAA